GUUUGUUAUACUGGGUAUUGGAGAGUUGUGCUUCCUGCAGAGUGCCAGGUAUGGCUGGCGAUGCGGCGAGUAACUUGGGUUAUCUUCAGACGGCUUGCAGUCAUAAUCACUGUAUUUAUGGUCCAUAUCAUCAGGUGCUUUGUAUAUAUCAGUGAUGAUGUAGAUUCCCCAUCGAUGCUAGGCAAGUGUAAUCAGAAUAGUAGGAGUCUACUAAGAUCCCUCAUCCACUUGACGGCCCGCAGAGCUGUGCUCGGACUAAACUCCGGAUUCACCCCGCCUUGAUAACGCAACAAAGGAAUCACUUUCCGACUGUCCCAUUCAAAAUACAACCAUGGAUCUGCAAGAGAAUCGAGAACGCAUGCGCCGCGGCGAGCUCUAUCAUGCGUUCGUCUCCGAUCUUACAGCCGAUCGAGCGCGUUGCGCCAGUGCCUGUCGCCGUUUCAACAAUGCGGGUGACGUGUCCCGUCGACAGUCCCUGGAGUUGUGGAAGGACAUUGUGGGUGAUACCACCCCUCUCCCGCCUGCCAGUCAGGAUCCCGCCGAGGAUGACAAGCUCUUAGAGAAGCAUCCUUGGAUCGAGCCUCCCAUUCGCAUGGACUACGGGUACAAUGUGAAAGUGGGAGAAGGCGCCUUCAUCAAUUUUGACUGUGUCAUUAUCGACACCUGCUUGGUGACCAUUGGGGCGCGCACUUUGUUCGGUCCCAAAGUUAGUCUUUAUAGCGGCACGCACCCUCUUGAUCCGGCUGUGCGCAACGGAACGGAAGGUCCAGAGUCGGGGAAAGAAAUCCAUAUUGGUGAGGAUUGCUGGCUCGCAGGGAAUGUGACUGUGUUGCCGGGAGUGACGAUCGGAAAAGGUGCGGUUAUUGGAGCUGGAAGUGUGGUGACCAAGGUACGUUCGAGACUGCUUACCA